AUGUCUUUCCACAUCUCUGCCCAGGACAUCCGCGUCGACGACGGCCACAUUCUCCGCGCCCGCCUCAACAACGAGAACGGCGAGUGCGUCGACGCUGAGUGCAACCUCAACGAUUUCCUCGGCAACAACAACGGCUCCUUUGAGUGGGGCGGUAGCAACUUCUCCCAGAGCGCCGAGGACAUCCACUUCAGCAUCGAGGGCGGCGACAGCGUCCCCAUCCUCCGCGCCCGCCUCUUCAACGUCGAGGGCGAGGCUGUCGACUGCAACGUCAACCUGUCCGAGCGCAUCGGCAACGACAACGGCUGCUUCUGCUUCAACUGUUGA